GUAUCUGUUGGAUUUGACAGUGGUGUUGCGUUUGUUGUAUCCACACUGUUGGUUUGUUAAAUCAGUUGAUUACGGUGAGAAGAACGAACAAGAUGUUUAAAUAGCGUUAAUAAAAUACGAGCGGAUGAAAGAAAAACAAGUGUUUCAAAUAUUUUUUUAAUAAUAUUGAAAUAAACAUAAUAUAUGCAUAAUUAUUAUUCAAAAAUAAAAAAAUAAUAAUAAAAAUCUAAACAGUGAAAAAAUGUCAAAUAAAAAUGUUUAUACUAGUGUUAAGACCGAGCCAGAUUUAGAGGCCGAAGAAGACGACAUCGCCUUGGCGAUGUCACCGACUAAUAGACAAAUAGCCAAGACACCAACACCACGCGAUAUCAGCGAAAAUCCCGAUGAACGUGAGACAUGGAGCGGCAAAGUCGAUUUCCUGCUAUCCGUUAUAGGAUUCGCUGUAGAUUUAGCAAACGUAUGGCGAUUUCCUUAUUUAUGCUACAAAAAUGGCGGUGGUGCCUUCCUUGUACCUUAUUGUAUAAUGUUACUAGUUGGUGGCAUACCGCUAUUUUAUAUGGAAUUAGCUUUAGGUCAACACAAUCGUAAAGGUGCCAUCACAUGCUGGGGACGUUUGGUGCCGUUAUUCAAAGGAAUUGGUUAUGCUGUGGUCUUAAUAGCAUUUUAUGUAGAUUUCUAUUAUAAUGUUAUUAUAGCCUGGUCAUUAAGAUUCUUUUUUGCAUCAUUUACAAAAUCAUUGCCAUGGACGUCAUGUUCAAACUAUUGGAAUACAGAAGAUUGUCGACCGUUUGAACAACAAGCUGGUGGACGUUCCUUAAUGGGAAAUAUGAGCGAUAUUUUUAUAAAUUCAACAAUUACCUCUGAAUCAAAUGUAACAUUUUCAAAUUUAACCACCACUUUAUCUACAACGCUGCCAUCCAGCGAGCGUUUUCAGUCCGCAGCUUCGGAAUAUUUUAAUCGUUAUAUUUUAGAAUUAGAUAAAAGUGAGGGUCUACAUGAUUUGGGCGCCAUUAAAUGGGAUAUGGCAGCUUGUUUAUUGGUAGUUUAUUUAAUCUGUUAUUUCUCCCUGUGGAAGGGCAUUAGUACCUCUGGCAAAGUGGUAUGGUUUACAGCUUUAUUUCCCUAUGCGGUUCUACUUAUAUUGCUGAUACGUGGUAUAACAUUGCCGGGAUCUGCGAUGGGUAUACAAUACUAUUUAAAUCCAAAUUUUGAUGCCAUUUAUAAGGCUGAGGUUUGGGUUGAUGCCGCCACUCAAGUGUUCUUCUCAUUGGGCCCUGGUUUUGGUGUACUACUAGCAUAUGCUUCUUAUAAUAAAUAUCAUAAUAAUGUUUAUAAAGAUGCUUUACUUACUAGUUGUAUUAAUUCGGCUACAAGUUUUGUAGCUGGUUUUGUGAUAUUCUCGGUUUUGGGUUAUAUGGCUCAUAAAUCGGGCCAAAACAUAGAAGACGUAGCUACUGAGGGUCCCGGCCUAGUGUUUGUUGUUUAUCCAGCUGCAAUUGCUACCAUGCCCGGCAGUACAUUUUGGGCUUUAAUAUUUUUUAUGAUGUUGCUGACCUUGGGUCUGGAUAGUUCAUUUGGCGGUUCUGAAGCCAUCAUUACUGCCUUGAGUGAUGAAUUCCCCAAGAUAGGACGGAAUCGAGAAAUCUUUGUAGCCGGUUUAUUUUCUCUAUACUUUGUAGUGGGUUUAGCUAGUUGUACCCAAGGGUUUUAUUUCUUUCAACUUUUGGAUCGUUAUGCGGCAGGUUAUUCCAUUUUAGUGGCAGUAUUCUUUGAGGCCAUAGCAGUGUCAUGGAUAUAUGGUACAAAUCGCUUCUGUGAAGACAUAAAAGACAUGAUUGGCUUUCGACCAGGCAAAUAUUGGCAAAUUUGUUGGCGUUAUGUAGCACCCAUAUUCUUGCUAUUCAUCAUAGUCUACGGCCUUAUAGGCUAUCAACCAUUGACCUAUGAAGAAUACGAAUAUCCCGGCUGGGCUAAUGCCUUGGGUUGGUGUAUAGCAGGCUCAUCGAUUAUAAUGAUACCAGCAGUGGCUAUUUUUAAAUUAUGCACUACACCCGGUACGUUGAGACAACGUUUGCGCAUACUCACCACACCCUGGCGAGAUCAACAGGUAUCGGUUAAUGGUGUAACAGCAGAUGCAACGCAAGUACGUUUAACCGAUACCAAAGAAGCUUCAGAAGUUUGAAAUCAACCAUUUGCUAGAUUUCAAGUAUAUUAUGUAUAGUAUAAUAAUUAAUAUAAAUGUAAUAUUUAAUAACUACAACUGUUUUAUGUUUAAACUUUAAAGCUCCUGAAAAAAAUUAGGCUUAAUACGGAUAAUUUUUAUGUUUAUAAAAGAAAAUUAAUGCUCAAGUGAAGAAACAUGCAUGCAAAACAAUGUUUAGGGAAUUAGUUUAUAAGUUUUGAAUGAAAAAAAAAACAUUUUGUACACUUAACUUGAAAAUUUAAACAACAAAUGCAACUUUCAUAUACAACGUACUUAGGUUUCUAAAGAAAAAAAAAACUAAAAUGAACCUUAAAAAAAUAUAUAAAAAGUUCUUGUAAUUAUUUUACAAAUUAUUAAGAAAUAUUAUAAACAAAAUACAUAAAAUGCUGUGUAGAUAAUAUUAGAGGGAAUUUAAGUAAAUUUAUUACCAAAAACAGAAAUAUUAAUAUAAUAUGUAUUUGUUAAAUUGCUUUGUUAGAAAAAUUAUUACAACAAAAAAAAAAAAGAAAUAUGUUUUGAAUAAUUUUACUGAA